AUGGCUGGUCAAGGAGGGAAUGAAGCUACAGCAGCCGAGGGUGGACUGGAGUACUUCCCAGCUGAAAUCAAACGUGCUGGGGAAAAGCUCCUCCGUUGCUUUACAAAUCCGAUGAUGGGAGUCAUCUCUGUAUGGGGAGUGGGGAGAUGGAAGAUUGCCGAAUAUGCAUCUCGAAAGUUGAAUGACUCCCAUCUCUUCCAUCUACAGAUGCUAGUAAAGCUUCUGGGAGAGGAUUUUAGUCUUCCAAAGGCGCAGAAGGAAAUCAUGCAUCAACUGGGGAUGACGAGGUCCAUGGAUGGCAACGGUGAGAACGAAGAGAUCAUAGAUACCCAAAUCGCGGCUGAAAUCUAUAACUCAUUGAUCAAACGUAAGUUCUUGCUACUCCUUGGAGAUGUCGAAAUCUCAGACAUCAAUUUCGAGCUUAUCGGAGAUCCAAAUCUCAGACAGCUAUUGCGAAAUGAUUCCAAGAUUGUCCUCGUCGGCCCUACGGACUUGCGAUCCGACAUGUCCAUAAAGAUGGAGGGCUUAUCGAUGAACAUGUUACACCAAGAGGCGGCCGACAUUGCUCGUUCUCCCAGCAUCAGGGACCAUUUUUCUCCCAAAACUAUCCUGGACUGCUUUCUCUACAUGUUGUUAUUUGAGGAUCGCUUAGUUGAAGUAGACAAGUUGAGAUGGCAUUGCAGAGCAGAAGGGUUUAUUAUCACAGAAGGAGAGAAUUUGUGGGAUCUAUUGAGGGAGCUUCAGGUUCGUUCCCUUGUAAAGCUCGAGGAUUAUAAUGUAAUGGUGCCCAGCUCGUUAGCUGAGAAAGCUGAAGCUUUAGUCACAUCGACUGACAGAAGUAGAUUCUGGAUUAAAGUGAAUUCCAUACCGACGGAGGAUGAUAAGGUGGAAGACAUUGAGAGGAUGGUGAUACGGGGCAUUACAAAACUUAGGUCUUUCUCUCCAAAAUGCCCAAAACUCUCCACUUUAUUUCUUCAUGUUGGAGUAGAUGAUGAUGAUGGUGAUGACGACGACUUUGAAUUCAGGAUACCAGAUAACUUCUUCGAGCAAAUUAAAGGGGUUCGUGUCCUCCACCUUGAGAAACUAGCAAACGAAUCUCUCCCUAAAUCCGUGUCCUGCUUGCACAAUCUCAAACUUUUAAAACUGACAAACUGCCCUCAUUUACAGACUCUCCUCUCUUCCUUUCCUAUUUUUGACAAACUCGAGUUCCUUCAACUAUCAGAUCCAUAUGAUUCGAGCACAUCAAUACCAGACCAUUUCUUUCAGCAUAUGAAUAACCUCCGAUAUCUCCACCUCGAAAGUAUGAAAAUCAAGUCACUUCCUUCAUCGAUUUCUAGGCUUCAUAACCUCCGGCAACUCAUGUUAAAUAACUUCAAAUAUUCAAUAAGAAUCCCAGAUGACUUCUUUGAGCAGUUGAGGCAACUUCGCGUCCUCGACCUAGGACUGAAUUCUAAGCUGGAAUAUCUACCAUCUUCGCUCUCCAUUUUGGUAAAUCUUAAGAAACUCGUAUUGUACAAGUGUUCUUCCUUAAAGUCGGGGUUGCUUCCUCACUUGCAAAAGCUCUCAGCACUUGAAGUGCUUGACCUCACCAGGUGUCGAUCUCUCAAAGAUCUCAGAGAUGUCACUUCUUCACUUGGAGAUAUCUUGCCAAACCUCCGCAAGCUUUAUAUUUCCAAAAUCGACGCGGUUAGACAGCUUUCCUUGAAAGGUUGCCAAAGCUUAGAGUUCGUAUCGCUGACUGAGCUAACAAGCCUUCAAGAGCUUGAUCUUUCGGGAACCAAACUCAAAACACUGCCUGAGGGUCUGUCCGACGCACGUAUUCUAAGGCGCCUCGACAUGAUUCACAUGCAUCAAAUUCAUGAAAUCCACUGGGAUGAUAUCAGUACUGAGCUCGAAGAGCUCAACUUUAGUCAGUGCAGCACUUGGAAUUCAUCAAAUGCUGUUGAACAGCCAAGAGAGAGAGGUGGGGCUCGCAUAAGGGUGAGUAAUUCCAAGCUCUUACAAUCUUUCAGUCCAUUCUCAAGACUCUGGGAUUCAACAUGCUUCUCUCGAUUCCAUAUCUACAUCUCUCCUUGCCAAGAAGACAAACAAGGAACACCUAAAUCCAUCCAUCUCCAGAGAAGGCUAUUUGUAUAUAAAGACAUCGAUUGCCCGAUCCAAACACAUAACUUACCACCUCCUGGAAGCCAUUUCAAUAGAUGUUUGGAGAUCCGAGGAGGUCAUGGGUCCCCAAAUGGUAUGCACGGCGUUCUCAGUCGUGUGAAAUUACUCACUCUUUACGACAAUGCUUUUGUCCGAAGAUUAUCAGAUUUAGGUGUCGUUGAUAAAAUGGAGGAACUGAAAGAAUGUUGGGUUGAGAGGUGCAAGCGGAUGGAAAUGUUCUUUGAGGGACAGAAUGCAAGUUCUGACUGUUUAAGUCGUCUAGAGAAGAUAUGGAUGUCCAAUCUUGCAAGACUGAGGAGCGUGUGCGAGGGGACAUAUGGGAGCUGGAGCUUUGCACUCUUAAGGCACAUACAUCUAGACUACUGCUUGAGACUUGUCACUGUGUUCUCCUCAACUGUAUUCCUACAAAGCCUGGAGACGCUCGAGAUCAAAUGCUGCAGUAAACUGGAGGCUGUGUUUGAAGGGGACGCUGCGGCAGAAGGCUCGCUCCAAAAACUGCACACGGUCUCUCUAUGGGAGCUUCCGAGGCUGAAGAAUAUUUGCGACGGAACUCAACUGUCGGCAUUGAAGAAGCUGAAAGUGAGGGGAUGUGGGAUGCUGAAGAAGCUUCCUCUUCGAGCUGGCGACCGGACUGCUGCUUCUACUUCUGCCAGUGAUGAUAGAGUGGCGGUGGAAGGAGAGUCGGAAUGGUGGGACCGUCUCAAGUGGGAAGAUAAGAGGAUCCAGCACAUUAUCAACUUCAAAGAUCCUCGCCCUUUUAGAAGGCGUAGAUGA